CGUAACCAGUUUUCUAUUGCCACAUGAUUAGACUGUAGGCUGUGUAGCGUGAAGGAACACGCGUCAGUACGGUAUGAACACCAUACUGUCGUGACACGUAUUCUAAUCAAUUUCUGAUGUAACUAACGUUAUAAUAUUGAAUAUUUCAAUAUAAAUCAAUCGAUAUUUCAAUAAAUCCCGUCAAAAUCGAGUAAUCGUCACGAUGAGUAAACCACACAAAGAACCAAAGAUGUGUAUUAACUGCAAUAAGAGAAAGGCGUGCUAUACGACAGUGGGCUUCUUUAGUAUCGCGUUCGUCAUCAUUUUCUUACUCGUGCCUGCUAUUUGGCGAUAUUCACCUUCCAUUCAAAAGAGUAUGAUAUUCCUGAAUCAUGACUUUAUGCCUGAUGUACAAAAUUACAGUUAUCCGGAAGUUUAUGGAAUGGACGGAACUAGAAAUUUUUACAUUGAUACAAAAGACAAUAUAACGUUAGGAGUAUGGCACAUAUUACCUCGUAACUUGAUUGUAAAAUACGGAAAAAACGAACCUAGUUACGAAGAACUUUUGAGUCACGGGGAACCAAUUAUUAUAUACAUGCAUGGCAACUCUGGUGCCCGCGCGAAUAAUCUACGGAUGAAAUUGUAUCGAAAACUCCGAGAUAUUAACUGCCAUGUGAUAGCUGUAGACUACAGAAGUUAUGCCGAUUCUACAGAUGCGGAACUCGACGAGACCGGCUUAGUAUCGGACGUAAUGGAAACAUAUAAAUGGGUUCACAAACGCGCAAAAGGAAUACCAAUCUUUGGUUGGGGACACUCUCUUGGCACUGGAAUUGGAGCACAUGCAUUUUCGUUAUUGGAAAAGGAAAACAUCUAUCCAAGUGGACUUAUUUUAGAAGCGCCAUUCAAUAAAAUUAGCGAAGCAAUCAGAGAAUACUCAACUACUAAGGUUCUUCGAUAUUUUCCUUGGUUCGAUUUUUUCAUCAUUGAUCCAGUCAUUGCAAAUGGAAUUGUUUUUGACACAGAACAAAAUUUAAAAAAUGCAAAAGUUCCAGUGCUUAUAUUACAUGCACAAGACGAUAUAAUAAUACCAUACCAACUCAGUGAAAAUUUGUAUAAUUACAUCACAACUACUCGGAAUAGUGAACUGACUGAACUAGUCAUAUAUGACGCCCAGUACAAGUUUGGCCACCAAUACAUUUGUCGAGAUAAGGAAUUAGAAAAGAAAAUUGAAAAAUUUAUACAGAAAUGUCUAAAAUGACAUCUUGAUUGGGAAAAAUAUAUAAGCUUGUCAAAAUUGCCAUUACAUGUCACGUAUACAUAGUUAUUACAAUAUAAUAUUGUAUAUAAUACGUUAUGAUAUAAAAUUCUCAAUCUUCAAUCGGAUUAUUUGAGAUUGUGAGAUUAUUUACUAUCUUUUUUAAGUUGUAUCACUGUUAAACAUUUAUUGUAAGAUAUUUUAACAACGUACUUUUUGAAAACUAAACUAUUACUAUAAUCCAAUACCUAUUAUUUUAUAUUAUGCUCAUUAUAGUUAAUAGUUGUAUUAUCAUAGUUGUUUUGUUGUUGAAAAUAAAAUGUCGAAAACAUUUUUAAGACCAUGUUUAAAAUGUUGAGAAAAAAAUA